ACUCAACAUGUAAACAAACAGAUAUCAGCCGCCAUUAUUUUUCCACGGUUGGAAGUAGAGCAUCUGACAGCGUUGUAACUUCAUCUGAAAAAAUGAAAGACCCAAGUCGCAUUAAUAACACUCCAAGCCUCAGCAACAUCGAUCUCAUCUUACAACAUGGACAGUUUAUUAAUGAUGACAAUCCCUUUGCUGAAUACAUGUGGAUGGAAAACGAGGAAGAAUUCAACAGACAGUUUGAGGAGGAACUGUGGGAGGAGGAGUUUAUAGAGCAGUGUUUCCAGGAGAUGUUGGAGGAGGAGGAAUACGAGUGGUUCAUCCCAGCCAGAGAUCUUCCACCUACACUCAGUCAGAUCCAGGACCAACUCCACCUACUGGCCAUCAGUGACACAUGCAUCACAGACAGCCUGGUGGUCAAUAGCAAUUUGAACCCUGAAGCACAAGAAUUUAUACCAAGGCUGAAGCACUGAGACUCAUUUGAAUGAGGUUCCUCCUAGAAACAUAUGUGCACACUGUAAAUCCAGUGUAGUCUUUUUUGGAGUUGUGUUACUCUGUUGCACUUAAUGUGUUGCCAAAAUUUUCCAGCUGCCCUGCAUGUUUUAAGUUUUCAAUAAUGUUGUGUAUAUAAAUCAUUUUGUAACUAUAUUUAAAAAGAGAACUUUCCCCAUUUCCCUCUUUGAUUAUUAUUGGCCUGUUAUGUAAGUAGUUUUAAAACAACUGCCGAAUAAUAAUUUUCUGUUCAGUUAAGUUUUUUUAAUCAAAAAAUAAGUAGAUUUUUUUUGUUGUUACAUAUUGGUUUUCAUUAUGAGUUCCCGAACAAAGUUCAAAGAACAUAUUUCUUAAGUCACUUUAUGCCCUUUAUCCUUUUAUUGAAAGGCCAUUUGCUAGGAGAUUAAUAUUUAAUAUCUUCGCCUGGUUUUAUAGCUAGUUGUCCUGAAAUUGGAUAACUACUCGAAAUUACCUACUUUAUAAUGUAUCAAUUUGUUUGUGUUCUCUUUACUUUUACAAUCCUGAAAUGACAGGAAAUGAAUGGGGUUAUUUUUACCUUUUGAUUUGAUUUGCUCCUGUUUGCUUCCUGGCAUUUUUCAGAGCCUGGUGCUUGAUAUCCUACAGCCACAUAGAUGUUGAUGUUUGUUUUUCUAAAGGCACAUAAAUUACUGUAAAAAACAUACCAAAAGUAUUGUACAAAAUAUAUUUUUUCUUAAAAGUAUUU